CUUCGUUUAGACACGGGAUGAAAUUUUUAUUAAAGAAAUAGAUUCCGAGGUCGUCAGUCGCGCCCCUAUGAAUUCUGACUCAUGGGCAGGGACUAGGAAAGAUAAAUAAGGAUUUUAAGUUCUGGGGAACAAAGAACGUCAAAGACCCUUCCUUCACAUACCAUUAUUGUUUUUGCAAUUAACAAUUUGCAACCGUGACACUUUCUUCAUCGUAUUCUACGUGCCUCUGCGUCAUACCUUCGAUCCCUCACCACAAGCUUUAAUCCCACAAGCCUCAAGCCCACCCGGCGUUGUGCAUCGACCAUGCCGAUGCUCAAAGAUCCCUCCAAGAAAUACAAGAAGUUCCAGCCUCUUAACCUGCCAAAUCGCCAAUGGCCGUCUAAAUCAGUCGAUAAAGCCCCAAGAUGGUUGGCAACUGACUUGCGAGAUGGCAACCAGAGCUUGGUUGACCCAAUGAAUGGCGACGAAAAAUGGAGGUUCUUCAAGAUGCUGGUUGACCUUGGCUACAAGGAGAUUGAAGUAUCCUUCCCUUCCGCGUCGCAAACCGAUUUCGACUUCACGAGGCGCUUAGUCGAGACCCCUGGCGCCGUACCUGAUGACGUCUGGUUACAAGUCCUUGCGCCAUGCCGUGAAGACCUCAUCCGCCGUACUGUUGACUCCCUCAAGGGUGCCAAGAAGGCUAUCCUACACAUCUACCUAGCAACAAGCGAGUGUUUCCGGCGCAUUGUAUUCGGUUUCACUGAAGAGGAGAGCUUGGAGAGAGCGGUGGCGUGCGCCAAGUAUGCUCGCUCUAUCACCAAAGAUGACCCUGAACACGCUGGUACGGAAUGGGCUUUCGAAUUCAGCCCCGAGACCUUCUCGGAUUCCAGUCCCGAAUUUGUCAUUAAAGUCUGUGAAGCUGUCAAAGCUGCGUGGGGGCCGACGGUCGAGAACCCUAUCAUCUUCAACCUUCCCGCAACGGUCGAAAUGUCGACGCCAAACGUCUACGCUGAUCAGAUCGAGUACUUUUGCACUAAUAUCACCGAGAGAGAGAAGAUAUGUGUCUCGCUCCACCCACACAAUGACAGAGGAUGCGCGGUCGCAGCUGCUGAGUUGGCACAGAUGGCGGGUGCUGACCGUGUAGAGGGAUGUCUCUUCGGAAACGGAGAACGGACUGGUAAUGUUGACCUAGUCACUCUGGCCUUGAAUCUCUACACGCAAGGGAUACAUCCGAAUGUUGACUUCUCCGAUCUUAAUCGGGUCGUCGACACGGUUGAGAUCUGCAACAAAAUCCCAGUCCAUCCUAGAGCACCGUAUGGUGGAUCCCUUGUCGUGUGUGCCUUCAGUGGUUCGCACCAGGACGCCAUCAAGAAAGGAUUUAUGCAACGGGAUCAAGAUGGCAAAGGAUACGACGAUCAUUGGCAAAUACCAUAUCUUCCUCUCGACCCGGCGGACAUUGGUCGUACAUACGAGGCUGUCAUCCGGGUCAAUUCGCAAAGCGGAAAAGGUGGUGCUGCUUGGAUCGUCUUGCGCAAACUCAAGCUUGAUCUACCUAGAGGCUUACAAAUUGCGUUUAGCAAAGUGGUGCAAAAGAAGGCAGACGAGCUUGGUAGAGAACUCCUGUCAGCCGAAAUUACUGACCUAUUCGAGCGCACAUACUUUCUCCAAGAGCACCCUCGAUUCCAGAUUCUCGACUACUCUAUCUCGUUCGAUCGAUCAUCAUCCCCUGCUCCACCGGGAGCUAAUGGUGUACAGGACACUAGAAAUCUAGCACGUGUCUUUGAAGGUGUUGUUGCCAUCGACGGCCAAGAGUACCAGCUUCGAGGCCGGGGCAAUGGUCCAAUCUCAUCCCUGGCUAAUGCUCUGAAGGGUGUGGGGAUCGAUCUAGAUGUUGCCGACUACAAGGAGCACGCCAUAGGAGGCGGCCGAGAAGUCAAGGCAGCUACGUACAUAGAAUGCACGGCCACCGGUACGUCACAGAAAGUCUGGGGUGUUGGUAUCCAUGAAGAUGUGGUGCAGAGCUCUCUCAUAGCUCUUUUGGGUGCGGCUAGUAACUUUAUCCUAAGUCGACCCGGAAGCCCUGUCGUCUCGAAACAUAUGCCAAAAGGUAGCUUUGCGGAAAGGUUCGACCUUAAUGCCGGCGGGUUAAAGAUACCGUCCACCGCGAACGGGAGCACCAAGGCUCAAGAUGACCCAUCUAAGACAAUACAGGCUUUGGAAGCUAAGGCCAAUGGGAUGUAAAUCGGUAUAAAAUAUGACAAGACCGCAUUACGGGGGCGAUAAGGUGUUAUAAAAACAUAUAGUCCAUUAUUUCGGAAUACCUUGACCUUAUCUGGGCAGUCUGGGUUGGUAAUACUGCUGUCCGGUAUAGGUCUUGCUUAACUAGGGCUCAAUUGUCGGUGUGCGUUCUGCAAUAAAACGAGGCGCUUGAUUUAUGACAACAGAUAGGCAAACCAUAGGUUUUAGCUUAUCCCAUCGGCAUCCAAAAGCAUGGAGGAUGGAGAAUCGAACAAAAUUCCCACAUUUGAUAAAAUCAAUCAAUCAAUCAAUAGUAAUGCUUGGUGAAUAUUAAG